GAAGCAAGCUUUGAUAAGAGAUUAUAACGUGUGUUUCAAGUCUGUAUUAUGCUGGUUCUCAGGUCGCCCCUUUUGUUGUAGUUGGAUAUUGCAUUUUCUCAUUCGAUUCUUAAAUGUGCUUUGCCCCCGCAGAACGACAGUUGUGGACCCUUGGGACAAAAAUACUUAAGUGCGUGUUUACAGUAGUGCAGGCCGUUUUCUCGGUCCCAGACUGAGAUCGGCAAUGUGAAUAUUUGUGUUAAGUAGUCAGCUGGUAAGGGGGUCAGGUGACAGUACUGGUUUGGACUCCAUCCCCUGCUAUGGCAGCAGCAUGUGUCUCUGUCGGAGUUUUGUGCAGCCUCUGAAUUCAUUUCGAAAAUCUCAAAACACUGUGAUCAGCACCUAGAGAACGAGAGAAGAUGUGAUUAUUUAGACACAGUCAUAUGUUAUCAACACAUGCUUUUCCUGCUAAUCCAGUAUUCUGCAACGUUUAGGCUGAACAGGUGACAAGCAGCUCAACAUGAGUGGCCCUGGAGACAGCCUAAGUGACCCUGCUCUUAGUCUGGACUGUAAAAAGCGGAAAGGGUCACCAUGUGAGACAUUGGGACAGAGUUUGGAGAAGCGGCGUCGAGAAAGAGAGAAUAAAUACAUUGAGGAGCUUGCUGAACUCUUGUCUGCCAACAUCAGGGACAUUGACAGCCUAAGUGUUAAGCCAGACAAAUGCAGAAUUUUGAAAAAGACAGUUGACCAGAUACAACAGAUCAAGCGACUUGAGCAGGAGAAAGCUGCAUCAGCUGACGACGAUGUUCAAAUGUCCGACAUCUCCUCCAGCAGCCAGGGAGUCAUUGAGAAGGAGUCACUGGGACCACUGCUACUUGAGGCAUUAGAUGGUUUCUUCUUUGUUGUGAAUCAAGAUGGAAGGAUUGUAUUCAUUUCUGAAAAUGUUACCAGUUACCUGGGUUUUGAGCAAGAUGAGCUGAUGAACGCAAGUGUCUACAGCAUCCUACAUGUGGGGGACCAUGCAGAAUUUGAAAAGAAUUUGAUCCCUAGAUUCGUGAAUGGUGUUCCAUGGCCUAAAGAGGCAGCACAGCGCAAUAGCCAUACAUUUAACUGUCGAAUGUUGAUUCGACCGCGUGAUGUGGUAGACAUUGAGAACCCGGAAGCAAGGCAAAACUAUGAGAUCAUGCAGUGCUUCACAGUUUCACAACCCAAGUCAAUCAAAGAAGAAGGGGAAGAUCUUCAGUCAUGUUUGGUGUGCAUUGCACGGAGGUUUCCAAGGCAACAGCCUAUUGUUCAAGAAUCUUUUGUUACCAAGCAAGAUACUACAGGUAAAAUUAUCUCCAUUGACGUUAGUAGUCUGAGAUCCUCAGGAAGGCUUGGUUGGGAGGACCUGGUAAAGAAAUGUAUCUACGCUUUCUUCCAGCCCCAAGGAAAAGAGGCUUCUUAUGCUAGGCAUAUACUUCAAGAAGUGAUGAUACGAGGUACUGCAAUAAGCCCAUCGUAUAGGUUUACUCUAAGUGAUGGGACUGUGCUAAGUGCCCAGACACGGUGUAAACUUUACUGCCCUCCAAGUCCUGAAGCACAGCCUUUCAUCAUGGGAAUUCAUACAAUUGAGAGGGAUCACACUUUAAAUUGUUCAGUAGGAAACACUAGUCCAGGAAUAUCCAUACAGCGGGUAAAUCCCAUGAUGAGCCCAAACCUUUCUUCAGGAGGGUCAACACAACGUGUAGUUUCUUCAGUGAGCCCAAGCUUUUCUUCUGGUAUGUCUUUGUCACGUGGAAGUCCAACGGUGAAUCCAAGCUUUUCUCCAGGAAUGUCACAGCCACGAGCAAGCCCUACAGUGAACUCCAGCUUUUCUCCAGGUGUGUCAGUACCACGGGCAAGUCCCACAGUGAGCUCUACUUUUUCUCCAGGAGUUCAACCACGUUCAAGCCCUAAGAUGAGCCCAGGCUUUUCUCCAGGACUGCCACAGCCACGGUUGUCCUCAUCUACAAACCCAAAUAUUUCACCUGCUAUGUCUUUACCUCGAGCAAGUCCCACUUUGAAUUCUAGUAUGUCCCCAGUUAUUUCCCUGUCACGAGGUGGUCCAUCUAUGAGUCCUUCUGUUUCUCCGGGAAUGUCCUUACCAAGAGCCAGUCCCUCCAUGAGCCCGACAUUUUCCCCAGGUCUGUCAUUACCACAUGCAAGUCCUUCUAUGAGUCCAACUGUUUCUCCAGGAAUGUCACUACCACAUACAAGUCCAUCUCUCAGUCCAAGUGUAUCACCAGCACAUGCCACUACCUCUCCUUCUGCUGCUUCUAUGCCUAGUAGCAACACUUUAUCAGGAAUAGAUCUUAGUCAUUCCCCUGGCCCUACACUGCAUAUGAGUGGUGGUACUGCGCAAACUAGCUAUGGAUGUCCGUUUAACAGCAGAAUGGGAAGUGGCAUGUCCUUGAGUCAAUCAAGCCCUCAAAACAGUGGUAUUUUAAAUCUGAACAGUUCACCUUUGCACAGUCCUGGUAUCACCCCUUCACAGUUCAUGUCUCCAAGAGCCCGUGACAGCCCCAGUAUGGUUUCAAGCCCCAGAAUGUCUGGUAACCCAUUUUCUCCUACCAUGCCCAAUAUACACUCCCCUGCAGGCAUGCCAAGUGGUAGCACUUCCAACAGCAGGACCUGCCCUACCUUCAGUCUGCAGGGACAGAGUGAAGGACCUACUACACCCUUGAGUUUGCCAUCGUCUCCUCUCCAUAGGCAGUUUACUGGCCAAAACUCACCUAGUGGGCGGCUCAGCUUGCAGUCAUCUAAAGUUGAUGUCAAAGAUGCCAAGAAUAGUAACACCUUGUUAAAUGAAAUGGUUCCAUCAGAAAGCAGUUCAGUUGAAAGAAAACUUCUGGGCAGUGUCAGUGUGCAUAGUAAUGAAAGACUUGGGGAGACUGAUAAAGGACAGCAGGUUAUAACAAAUCCUAAGCUUGUUCAGUUGUUAGCUACUACAGCAGGGCACCAUCUACUUCAUGCUGAUGCCAGCACCAUUAACAAAGACUCAUUAAAUGGUGGGAGUGUUACAACUGGUGGUGCUUCAAACACUUCCUUUAAUGGCUUGUGUCCUUCAUCUCACAGUUCCCUUACUGAAAGGCACAAAAUAUUGCAUAGCCUCCUUCAGGAGGGUAGCCCAUCAGACAUUAAUGUAUUGUCACUAGAACAUGAGAAGAAGGAGUCUGAGGAGCACUCUGUUUCUUUACCUAAUCAGUCACAAGCAAAUGUGGAUGUAAAACAGGAAAUUGGUAGCUCAAAAAGGAAAACUGUAAAAGAUCACCAAUUAUUACGUUACUUGCUUAAUAAAGAAGAGAAGGAGCAGGAUGAUGCACCUACGCUUAGCCUAGAUGAUGUGAAAGUAAAAAUGGAAAAAACAGAAGUGGAAGAUUCUUGUAGCACAGCUGAAAAUGUACAUAAAAAGCCUCUGCAAGCUGAGGUCAAGCUGGAGUCUCAAGAUCAGUUUUCUUUAGAUUUUGAGCAGCUGUUCCCAGCACUUGAAAAGGCAGCAGAAUUUUCAAGUAUAAGCCGGGAUGAUGCACCAGAGGAAACCAUUUCCAGUGCCGCAGUGAAGGAGGAGAUUGUACCAAUCCCUGUUCCCUCAAGAAGCAUACCUGAAGUACAGUCCGGAACAACUAGUUUACAAGAAUUUAAUCCAGAGGUUGGAGCAGAUGUUGGAGACCAACAGUUUGGUCAUUCCUUGAUGGCACACCAAUUGCCUUGGGCAGACACCAUUGACACUGUAAACCAGGGAGCCAUGAUAAAACAGGAAGAUGCGUGUCUCAGCCCUCGCCUAGAUGACCUUCUUUGCCCUCCAACUACACCUGAAGGCCGAAAUGAUGAGAAGGCAUUGCUGGAUCAGUUGAUCUCCUUCCUUAGUGGAAAAGAUGAGACUGAACUGGCAGAACUUGACAGAGCCCUGGGCAUUGACAAACUUUUACAGGGGGGUGCACUGGAAUCCAUACCUGAGAGACUGCUACCACCACAGACAGCCCAACAAGUUAUGAUGGAUCAGAAAUCUGGCCUGUACAUACAGUCAUACCAGCCCUCAUCUCCUACCUCAAACCUCCCAGGAUCAUAUUCAACUGUGGUUAGGCAGCAGCAGCAGCAGUCUCCAUAUGUAUCGUUGCCUGGCCAGGCUCCCCCUCCAGGACCUUUCCCUACCUCUUUAAGUAUGCCAAUGCGACAGGUGUUAACUCGACCUCCUACAGCAACAAACCAACUCCGACUGCAGUUGCAGCAGAGGUUACAAGGGCAACAGUUGCUGCACCAGAAUAGACAGUCCAUGCUGAGCCAGUUUGCCGGAGCCGGUCCCAUCAGUUUGGCCAUGAGGCAGGCCGUUCGACAACAGGCACCUAUUAAUGCUCAGAUGCUCGCCCAGCGACACAGAGAGAUGUACAGCCAGCAACACCGUCAGAGACAGUUGAUGCAACAAAGAGCCUUUUUGAUGAGACAGCAAAGCUUUGUCACCAGUAUGCCUCCAUCGGCAACCCUUCCAGGCUCUUUGGCAGCCUCACGAAUUCCUCAGGGUCCUCCUCAGCAGUUCCCAUUUCCUCCCAAUUAUGGUACAACUCCUGGUAACCCUCCUUCUUCUACUAGCCCUUUCUCACAAAUGGGACCUAAUCCUGAAGCAGCUGCUUUGGCCACUCGAAACAACAUGGCAGUUGCAGCAUCACGAGGCAUGAUGGGAAAUGUUGGAGGUCAGUUUAACAAUGGGAUGGCCCAACAGAUGCAACAGAAUGUAUUCCAGUAUUCCAGUACAGGUAUAAAUCAGCAACCAGCUGACCCAGCAUUUGCUCCAAACCUCAGUCCUGGGAGCCCAGUUAUGUCACCACGAAUUGCACCUUCUCAGAGUCCCCUGCUGCAGCAGUCUCAGCCCACUUCUGGAUACCAGUCCCCAGAUGUAAAGAACUGGCAGCAAAGCGGCAUGGGAAACAACAGUGUGUUUGGCCAGACUGCGCAAAACCAGGCCCCACCUCCACAACAAAGCAUGUACAAUAACAUGAGUUUCACUGUGUCCAUGGCAGGGGGUGGCAACACCAAUGUAGUUGGAAGUAUGAAUCACUUAGCAGGUCAGAUGCAGAUGGGCUCUGUACAGCUGCCAAAUGUGAACUCAUUAUGCUCUGAUCCGGUUGGUGAUCCAACAUUGGGUCCUUCAGGCCUCUUCUGCAACCAGCUUUCCACUGCAGAUCUUUUGAAGCCUGACACAGAAGGGGGAGGCAGCCAGGUGCAGCAAGUCCAGGUGUUUGCUGAUGUCCAGUGUACAGUGAAUCUGGUUGGUGGGGACUCCUAUCUGAACCAGCCCUCUUCAGUCGGAUCACAGAAGACCACACCACGUCCCCCAACUCCCCAGUCACAGCAGAAGAGUUUGUUGCAGCAACUGCUAACUGAGUAACUGAAGAGCACCAUAGAUUUGAGUACUAUUACUGUUCAAGUCAUCACAAUCAGAACACACACUAUAUUUUAUAUAUGAAAUUCCGGAUUCAUAAAAAGAUGUGUGUCUGUUUUCUGUGAAUUUGAUUCUCCAAAUUGCUUUGUGCUUCUGGUUCAUUGUUGGUGAGCUGUAAAGGAGAAAACUGCUCUUCUGUGAAGGCACCAUGAAUUGAUUCCAGUGACAAUUCAGACUUUUUUCAUACAUUGUUCAUUUGAUCUUGCCUGUGCUGCUUAUUUUGGCGAGUCCCUGGUUUUUGCCUGAAGAUGGACUCCAUCUAACUGUGCCCUUACAACAGGCCAGGAAAGCUUUCAGUUACAGCUGGUUCUGUUGCUGACAUGCCAACAAUGAGCUUUAUGGAAGGACAUGAUGGAUGAUGGGAAACUAUUCCCCGUCCAGAAGUCGAACAAAGUAAGGAUGUUUGAGGAAAUCGAAUACUAACUGGAGACAAGAACUUUUAGUCUCCAUAAAGUAAAAUGAGACAAUGGGUCUGCCCUUAAAUUGGGCCUUUUCCAGUUUGCUUGUGUGGACAAUCAUCUUUUUACUAGCCGCUGUGAGUCUCUUGAUUUUUUUUUUAACAAAACAAUGACUUCAGAUAAAUUACUGCAUUUGUUUAUAACAAUAAGCUGUUAAAAAUUAUAGAUACAUAUAUAAAUAUAUAUAUAUAUAUAUUAUAUAAGUGCAAGUGAAUGAAGCAAGCCUUUCUGAAAGAAAAGGCUAACAUUUUGUACAUUUCAGGGAAGGGAGAUUUUUGGUUGGAGGCAGAGCAGCAACACUUAACAUUUUACAUAAGAAGCAAUAAUUUUUGGGGGGAGGGAGUACUCUGUCCUUUCUUGUAGAUAAUUUCUUGAGUUAUUAUAAUUAUAUAUGAAAUAGGCAACAGCAACUGCAGUAGAGUUGUUGCUGUUCCUGAUAUAUUGAGAAAUCUUGGUUCUUUUGAAACAAACUAGUCACACAUGAAAGUUCUGGUAAAGAGCAGAAUGCCUGUGAUUAUUGUUUUCCUGUGAUGUUCACUGUAAAUAUUUUAUGUUUAACUUCUCAGCAUUUUUAUCAUCUGUCAUAUAUUUUGUUCUUUUAAGUUCCUGUUUCCAGACUUAAUGAUGUAAUGGCUCACUUGUUCUUUCUUUUCCUAUGUGUCUAUAUUUGUGUUGUAUAGUUGGCAGAGUUCAAAUGAUAAAAUGGUCAGAUGAAGUUUUUAUUUUUUUUUAAUGUUCACAAUGCCAUUUCCAUGUGACUGUUAAUGUUGUUUAUGCUCAGUUGUGAAUGGGAAUAUUUUCUUUCCCUUUUUUCCCCUUGUUUCUCACUUAUUUAAACACACAGCUCCAUCUGAGAAAAUUAUGUUCCUGAAGUGGUCCUAGGAUCUCAGAAGGUAGAAUAUUUCAUUAACCUGCACAGCUGACUCAUAAAAUAGAAACCGCAAAGAGAAGUUUUACUGCUAGUGUAUCAGCAGUGGAGCUCUGGGGUAGAAAUACCCUAGUUAUGAAAGGAUGUUCAUCAUUAGUUUUGUGCCAUGCUAUACCAUGAGACAUAUUCAGAAAUAAUAUACCUGUUGUUUCAGAUUAUUCCCAGUAUUGCUUCCGUACUACUGAGAGUGACCACUAUAUACCAUAGGUAGUCACAAAGGUUGUAGAAAGUGAUGAGAAGCAACUGAUGCUUUAGUCAAAUGAGAAACUGCCAAAUGCACUAACAAAACUAGGUAACAGGUGAGGUGAAAAAAUGUAUAGGGAAAACAGAAGAGAGCAACUCCUGUUGAAUGCCAUUAUACAUAUACCAACCCACUUAACAUGAUUAUAAAAUGUCAACCCUGCUUUGGCUUUCGUGAUUUACAGCAGGACAACACUUAAUCUUUAAUUUACCUUUUUCUGUUGCACUGCUGUUUUGUCUAUAAAUACCCAGUAGAUCUGAUUUAGUAUCAGGAAUAUCUACUUGUACUGUUGCUUAGCACAUCCUGCUCAGACGUAACAGACUGACUUUCCAUUAAAUGUUUAACAAAAUUGUACUAACAAAAACUGAAUAAAUAGUUCAGCAGCAUUUGUUUCAGCUGCAGUGUAACGUUUAUAGAGGUUUUCUGCCUUUUUCUAGCCAGUAGAGUACGUGUUGCUUUGCACCGAUUAUUGCACAGCAAUUUUUUUUUUCUGCUGCUCAUCAGUAAGUAUGGCCACACUGAUUUGUGGUAUGGUAUACUGCCUGCAACAUCUGUGCUUGGAACAGAAUGCGGUUGAACCUUUUAGUACACUAAAGUUGUAUUAGUCAUUUUGUGAUUUAAAUGGAAGCAGCAUCAUUGCUGAUAGCAUUCCAGAGGGAAUUGUUUUGUUGCAUUUGUUUCUGAUCUGACCUCCUUGUUAGACUACUGAGUUUGAUACUUUGAGCAUUUUUUUUUUUGUUUUUGUAGAGGCACUCAUGAAACAAGUUUAAUUUCCAGCAGAAAGAAUAGUGGUUGUUUACACUGUAACUGUAUAAACACUCAUUUUUUUUUUCUGUGAUAUUGACUUUGUUAUUUAGAAUCAUGAGGAUCUGAAGCCUAUCCAGUCAGUCAGUGUCAUAAGGCAGAUAUGUAAUUUUAGGUUGGUAAUGUAUUACCAAAACCUUUGUUUCCCCUAAAAUUCCAGCUGGAUCCGUUAAUAACUGGUCUAUAAAAUGUAGAAGUUAGUGGCUUACUCAAUACGUCAUUUAUGUAGCAUUCUGGAUAUUAAUUUAUUUUGAACAGCUGGAUAUGGCAUUUGCAAUGCUUGCUCCUGGUUUGCAUAUUUCAUUGCAACACAGAGGUGGAAGUCAUGAUUCCUAGACAACAUUAUUCUGUCUUGGCAGACAUUGAAGCCAAGGUAGUCUAUGUAUCAUAGUUAGUAUUGCGAGCAGCAGUACUGUUAAACAAGAUGUGCAGAUGGCAAAAUCCUUUACACAUUCUGUCAGCUUCACAUUUGUAAAUGGUGUCUUUCUGUCUACAAGAAGAUACUAGAAGUAACUUACAGAAAUGCCCAUAAAAUCAAUUUGUAGUUUCAAAUGUGCAUAUAAAUAAAUGGUGCGGCUUAGAUUCAGGUCUGUUAUGAUGGGAUUCUUUAAAAUAUGUUCACCCCCAAAGAUGAAGCUGUGUGUUCCAGUGUGGAAGCAUCUUUUUUUGUAUGAGGUAACAUUUGUUUUAAGAAUGUUUUUAUGCAUUUUCGAGGUGUUGUGCUUAACAAGUUUUAUAAAACACUUUUAAGGUUGCCAGACAAGUUUGGGGGAAAAAAGCAAUGUUAUUGCAUAUAGACUUAUGUCUCACACUGAUGCAAGGCUUCCUGAUGGUAGCGGUUCCAGUUUGACAGAAGUGUUGCAGUGACUGUCAGAGUCCUGGCGUGGGAUUACAAAGUGAUGUAGUAGUGCAUUUUGGUAAGCAUGAGGUGAAGUUCUAGAAGUGAUAAGUAGAGCUGGUGGAUCUAAUGUUACAUGGGGCUUUUGUAGAGCUCACUUGUUUGGAAGCCAUAUUCAUAUGUCACUAUCUCCUGGAGUUGACCCAGUCAUUGUCAGUGUAGCAGUGAAAACUUCCCCCUCAGGAUGCGUAAGCCUUUUGUUGAUGCGGGUCUUGGAGUGGAACAUCGGUUUCAUUUCAUUUUCAAGAAUGUAUUGGCUUGUUUCCAGGGGGGGCAGAUCAUGGUCUUUGUACUUGCUGGCUCUUUACUGUUAACUGAACUGGUAGUCUAAUAUAAGCAAGUACAUGCAUGUUGUAGAAGACAAAAGUGCGGGGUAGCAACUCAGAAUUAGUGAUUUGAAGUGAGGUCUUAAAAGGGCUGCUGGGACAGUCGUUAUGAGGCGAGUAGAGUGAGAUCCUUUGCAUUGUGAAAAUAGCAUUCAUCUUCAGGCAUACAUUGUUCAUUAAAAAAACAGUGCACUGAAAUGUAAAGGGCUUGUGUCAUCCAUAACACACACAUACAGUUAAAGUGAAACCACAUAGCUGGACAUUCCCAUAUUUAUCUAUAUACACAGUUUUUCAAGUUCCCAUUCUCCUUGCUUGAAAGUAACAUUCCCAAAAACAUGACUGCUAUGUCUCAGGUUUGUUCACAGAAUCUCAGCAUUUUUUCAGAAUGUAUUGUUUUUUUGAAGUAAAUUCAUUACUGUAGUAUUUUCAGAAACAGUGGCGAUUAAGAAAUUAUGCAAAUCAUGUUAAUGAUGAUAACAGAUUACAUCUGUGUCAGAGAUUUUGGGGAGAUGGUUGGAAGGUAAGAAAAUGAGGUUACAACUAAUUUGCACUUCACAAAUUGGCUUCAUCUUAUUGAUGAUGUCAGAACUUAUAAAUAAUGAACAGCUCUUCAAUAUUUAGUAGUUAAAGAAAAAUGACAAGGUAGCAUGCUUUAACAUGCAGAUAAACCUGUAAUAGUGUGGCUAAAUGACAGCAUUUCUGGCAAAAGUAUUUUAGAAAUUGUGAAUGUGUUCAGCUGUAAAAGCCUUCCUAGCCUUUCUCUCUAGGUACCUUGACUAAGAAAUGUUUCCUACACUGUUCAUUUGGAUGGAGUAUCAUCUUGGCUGACUUGGUCUGACUGGAACAGAGGUUCUUGUUUUGGUUAUACUCCAUGUGUAACCUGACUGAAUUUGGAAGCAGCCAGAAGAAAGCCAAUAAAGGCACAUCAAAUCACAGUAACUUUAAGUCAGAGUACAAUGUUAGCAAAUAUAUUAGACGACUAAUCAAAAGACCAGAAUGCCUUUUCUGUUGGAAAAAAAAACAUGAUCUGAAGCAUUUGUGGGUACUUUGAAGAGGUAUUCAAUAAUGUGAAACAGACCCAGAGAUGCAUGUGUGAAAUUAUUCUAGAUUACUUUUAAGUAAAUGAGCAGAAUUUUGCAGUACAGGACUCUUCCAGUCAGCAAAUGAAAAAAGGCACUCUGGAGCAGCAGUCUUUUUGAGUUUUCCCCAUAGUGAUUGAAUUUAAGUUGUGUUUACAUUUUUCCUAUAUGUGGCAUUGACAAGAUCAGUAUUUUUGGUUUAUUUUCUGUUGCUACCGUCUGUGCUCUACUUCUCAAGAUUGUGUUAUUUUAUUACUGUAUGUGUGUACCCUGUAAGUAGUCCAGUUGUUUUACCUGCUUAACGUUCCUUAAUUCACUAACAUGUCAUGAAUGUUGUUACCAUUUUUCACCAUCACACACAACUAGCAAGUUCAGUAGUGCAAGUCAUAGAAAAUUUUAGAAUACUGGAGCAUUCCUUGAGCAACCCAGCUGACAGAUGAGUUUAUUGCUCACUCAACUCAGGGACAUCUAAAUUGCUAUAUACAUAGAACUCUCAGAACUUAGUUAACUAAGGUGAAGGCAGUCUGUUUUCAUGUUUAUGAUGAUAGCAAACAUCAUUAGACCGGAAACGUCUAAUAAUGCUUUAGUUACCUGAAGUCACUGCUGUUUCUUUCAACUUGAAUCCGCCAGCAUUGUCUUUGCCAUAUUGCUCCUACACUAAUGCAAGUUGUGUGCUCCUCAACACCCAAAGUGUGACUGGAUAGAUGUCAUUUGUCAUGCUGCAGGAAGUAUGCCAAGCAGAACCUUAAGAUUGCUGUUGUCUUAAGAUAACCUUGUGGUUACAACCAUUAAUAUGUAGACUGGUUGAGGUCACGGUUUCUGCUUAAAAUGUUCCUUAUCACAGCCAAGGACAGGCUUCCCAUUUAAAGAAUAUACUUUAAGUAUGUUGAAUACCAGGUUGAUACAAGUAACUGGAAUGUUUCACUAGUUAGUUAGAUUCACUGUAGAGUUUUGGGCUGUCAGACUGUUAAAUAAGUAAAUAAGCAGGCAAGCUCUAGGUUGGCAUGCUGAACAUUGCAGUGUUUUGCCUCAGGCUUCAUCCUUCUUGGCAGAUGAAGAUUACCAAGCAGUAUGAAGGCUUUUUGCUCAUUUUAUGUUGUAAUGCAGAGAAGAGGGUUUGUAACUUCCUUCCCAUCAACUCAGAAAGGUAGCGGUCUUGCAGUGACUCAAGUUCAUGUACCUUUCUUAUUUCUUCAAAGGAUAUCAGCUAGAAACUAAUUUUCAUCCUGUCCGUGGUUUCAUGCUUUGAUUAUUUUUACUGUUAGUUCAGAAGUAAACCCUCCUAGUCUCUUGUGAAAUUUAGGUGAUGUAAAAGGGAGAGAGACCUUUUGCCAGCAGAGGAAAUAGUUUGAUGUUUUAUUUGCAUGAGUGACUUAUUUGCUUCAGUAAAUACCACCCCCUCAAUAAUAGGAAAAUUUUUUCUGCCAACUUGGAAGUGAGCAGGAGUCACAUGCUUAGCAUUCUCCACUUUAUCCAUGAGUGUUUUUUUUUUUAAAUAUACGUCACAGUAAGGUUAAAGGAUCAUAAUGCUUGCCAUGCAUUUUAAUCAUCUUCUACAGCAAAAGGAUUGGAGACGUGUUAAUUCUCAAGGUGAAAUACAGAGUUCCAAAUUAAUCAGUCUUAUCUUAGCAAAAUCAGUGAAAACAAAUAGAAAAAAAAAACUACAGCAGAUACAUAUAGGAAGCAAUCACAAAUAAUAACACAAGAACCAUGUACAAACAUGUUUGUAAACCACAGCUACAGCUAGGUCAAUUGGUGCCAUGGGCAGUGCCCUAGUUGCUGCUCUCCCCACCCCCAAAUCAUCAGAUGAAGGCCAAAAUAAGUUCUCCAGAACUGAGGACAAAAAGUCUUAUGGACAAAACUAUCAUUGCUGCUAACCAACAAACACCACACACACACUGCAAGCAUUUUUUGAAGUCAUGAUUUCAGUUGUGACUGCUUAAGUGGAUUACGCAUACUGCUUACAAUUGCAUGGACCAAUCAACAGUCGCAUCCCAUUAACAUAAAUCACACCACUAAGUAAAGAAAUGGCAUUUAAACAGGUGCGUUUGAGAUUGUGACUGCAGAGACCAACUGGCUUCUCUCCUACAGUGCCAGUCACACCCAAUAGUAACUUGCUUCUGGGGCAUACACCUCAUUUGCCCCACCAUAACAAUGCUGUGUUGCAGACUUCCCAUUUUCUAUGCACUGUGAGAGAUGUGCAAGUUUCCACUGGGAAAAAAAUGUUUUAGAGCCCAAAUAUAACCAAAACAAAUCUAUAUUUUGUGCUGUCUAGCUUGUUGGCCUGUGUAUAUUAUUAAAGGCCUCUUUGUCAUUUUGCAGUCUUAUCUUCCAUGAUUUCUUGAUGGGAGCAUUGAAGGGAUUCUGUUGUGCUGUCUCUGGUAAGAUAGUUCAGGAGCUGUUCUGAUCCACACCCCCAAGUUUGUAGAUAAUGUGUACUAAUUUUGUCUUGGAUGAGAUGAAGUUGUAAAAGCAGGAUUUGACUUCACUAUUUUCUGAGAUGAGCUAAACUGCCACUUUUGUUUAAUGCUGGUGUAUGUUGUAAAUUGUACCAUUUUUGAGCCACAUGUACACUUUAAAAAUACUGUUUACACAUAUGAACAGGAAGAACUGUUAAGGUGAAUGAAAUGAAGGCAUUUGCUAGUGUUAAACAUUGCUGUGAGUAUUGAGUCUCUAAGUAAUUUAGUAAAUGCACAGAAAUUAAUUUGGUUGGAGAGUGCUUUUCUCAUGAUAAAUGUAUCUUUUGGACAGGUUGAGGUCUGAUUACAAACAUAGUGAGUGUUUUUGGUUUAAUUUACUGCAUCUACUGUCACCCAAGCCAUUUUGAAAAUAGGAUUGUCCUGUUCCAUUAAUUCCACUUGUAAAGGAGGCUUUGCUCCCCCAUUGAAUGCCUCAGGUCUGAGGGAGGAUAGGGUUAAGGGAGAGGUCCCAGAUCCCAUUGCAAACAGAAUUAACAAAAAAUAAAGUCUGCAGGUAUGUCUUGCGGUGAUAUGUAAUGUGAACUUCUUAGCUUAUGCAAUUUCAGGGUAGUGGUAGGUAUAAUAAAAUAAUGACUGUAUUCUUUGUCAUGUGAAUCCCAGUUUGAGGGCAUUUCAAAAAGUGAGGAAGAGGCCAGUAGCUGGACAAAUCUGAACAGUUUUUCAGCAUGUUUCUGAUUUAUUACUCAGAAUGGCAAAUGAGGCAGUGAAAUGUAAUUUAGUACAGUCAUGAAAUGUAUUUUAGGAUAUAUCCCCAAAACCUUCCACUUCUACCAAUCUAAUUGUAUCACUUCUAUUGUUGAAAAGCACAGAGGAGAGGCCCUGCUUCCAGUUAUUUUCAUGAUUGUCAAAAUAAGGCAGUUGUCACUUUACUGACCAUUGUGCUUUUAAAGAGGGUGUAUACAGGGAAGCAUCUAGUUCUUUUUUUCCUUUGACUUAGUUUUUUCUGUGAGUAGGUGGAUCCUUAUAAAAUGAAAAUGAACAGCUUAAUAUUACAAAUUACAGAGAUGCCUAGUAGUCAAGAAGCAAACUCCGUAAAUCCAUGAUUGUUGUUUUGUAGAUGCCCUUAAAUUUCAUAUUAAAGGAGAAUGAACAUGGUGUGUUAAAAUUGAAAAACUUGGUUCUUGGAAUGCAGAAUGAAAGCAGUUUUGUGACAUAGUAAAGUUUAACUUGCUUAGUUUAAAUUUCCUUUUUAGUGCUCCCAGCUCUUAAAUAACCAGAGAAAGAAUUUGUGGGCUUGGGUGAGUGAGGAGAUAACAAGGGUUAGGAAAAUAGUAUUCAUUUCAUCUUUGUUUUCUGUUUGUGAGAUUGGAGUCUUGGCAGAAGAGAAAUGACUUAGGAAUGUGAUUUAAGUCAGGUUGUCAUAUUAACUAAUAUUGCUUUUGCUGUUCUGUUAUUGGCUUUAUGCAGUGUUUAAUUAUACUGUUUAUUGUAAAUAAAGCCUAAAGUAAUCUC